UCCUCGCGAACACUCGCACGCCAGCCACACUGUCUCUCUCUCUAUUUCUUGGCAUCUGAGUUCGGAGGAGGAGGGGCCAUUCCCGAGGAUGGAAGCGCCGGAGAUCAAAAUGGAGGCACCGGAAUUCUUCCAGCCCGGCUUCUGCUCCCCGCAAUUCGCCCCCGAGAGGCGCCAUUCCCUCGACGGCAAGGCCGCCGGCGGCUGCGGCGACCCCUUCACGGUCGACGACCUCCUGGACUUCUCCACCACCGACGACGCCCUCGGCGGGGGCGGCGGCGGCGGAUGCGGGGGCGGCGGCGGGGGCGGCUGCGGCGACGGGGCGUUCGAUAACGUCACGGGGAGCUCCACCGACUCCAACGUCACCGCCGUGGACAGCUGCAACUCCUCCUUCUCGGGCUACGACCCGAAUUUCGCCGACGGCAUGGGCGGCAGCUGCCGCGGCUUCGCCGAGGGUCACUUCUCCAGUGACCUGUGCGUUCCGUAUGAUGAUUUAGCUGAGCUCGAAUGGCUCUCAAACUUCGCGGAGGAAUCGUUCUCCAGCGAGGACCUCCAGAAGCUCCAGCUGAUAUCCGGAAUGAAAGCCCGGCCGGAGGCGGCCUACGAGACGACCCGUGAGUUCCAGCCCGAGCCCAACCGGGGUGCCCCGACGAUAUUCCACCCCGACGUGUCGGUGCCGGGCAAGGCCCGGAGCAAGCGCUCGCGGGCCGCCCCGGGCAGCUGGGCCUCGCGCCUGCUCGUGCUCUCCCAGGCCGACCCCUCGCCCGAGGACGAGGUGGCCGCCGUCGGCGGCGGCAUUGGCGGCCUCCCGGGAGCCCCGCGGCCCGUCGCCGGCAAGAAGACCGUCCGGGCGGCGCCGAAGAAGAAGCCGCCGCAGCAGGGGGGGCUCGACGGGCCGGACGGGCCCGGCGGGGAGGCUCGGAAGUGCCUGCACUGCCAGACCGACAAGACGCCGCAGUGGCGCACCGGGCCCAUGGGCCCGAAGACCCUGUGCAACGCGUGCGGGGUGCGGUACAAGUCGGGCCGCCUCGUGCCCGAGUACCGGCCCGCGGCGAGCCCGACCUUCAUGCUCACCAAGCACUCCAACUCGCACCGCAAGGUGCUGGAGCUGCGGCGCCAGAAGGAGCUCCAGAGGGCUCAGCAGCUGCACCAGCAGCAGCAGCAGCAGUUCCUUCAGAACCAUCACCACCAGAACAUGGUCUUCGACGUAUCCAACGGCGAGGAUUACUUGAUCCACCAACACGUGGGGCCCGACUUCCGGCAGCUGAUGUAGCAAGGAUAACCUUAGAGCGAGUGUAGUGAAGUGAACGAAACAAGCCGAGUUUGAAGGAUUUUUUUCUUUUUUUAAGUUGCUAAGUUCAUUUAGUUCCUAACUUUGAUUUUUCUCGAAUUGCAGAACUUUUUUUUUCUUAUUUUUUUUUAUAAACUUUUUGGCUUCAUGCUCUCGAGGAGUAGCUUUUUGCUAAGCUAGCAAUUACUCUGCAAACCCACUUUUUUUUUUCUUUUGAUAAAUUCAAGUAAUUUUUAAUUUGAAUUUCUUGCUUUUUGUUGUUGGGGACACACGAA